CAGCUAAUGUAACUAUUACCCUUACAGACCAGUUUGCUUGCUCAUAUUUCAAGAUCUACAUAACCUAUUUUACAGUCUACACGGCUUCCAAAGUUUUGUGUGAAGAAACCAUUCCUUGAGAACAUUAUAAAGGGAAGAAAAAAGAAUCCCAUCACAGAUUACCUCACCAAGAUGCAUUUUUAUGAAACCGAUAACUGUUUAGAAUAAUUUCUAGUCAGAAAAUCUUGACGUCAUAAAUUUUAAGACUGCUACAGUUUAACCCAUCAUUUUAGUGAUGAUACAGAAUUGGGAGACAUGGAAAAAAACAUGGCAGACCAGCUUAACAAAGCCUACGAAGCAUAUCGUCAGGCAUGCAUGGAUAAAGAAGCAAGCAAAAAGAAGUGGGAGCAACAGAAGGAUCGAUAUGAAAAGGAACUGCUCGAUCAACAAAACCAAAUAGUAAGCUUAAGAGCGCUUGUGAAGCAACUGACUGCUGAACUUGCUUCUACUGCCGCUUCUAGUAAAGCAGGGGGUAUUUUCGGUGCACCACUGUCUCCUAGACUGGAGAACUCAGAGGUUCGUAGAAACGAGGCUGCCACCAGCGUCACAUAUGAGCAGCUGCAGGAACAAGUAAAACUCAGCAUGCAGAGAGAAAAAAUGUAUAAGGAACAAACCGAAAUGGAGAGGAUCAAAUUUAAAAGAUUAGAAGAAGAAUAUAAGAAAUCUGAAUCUGAUCUUCUUGGGAAAAAUGAUGAAAUACGGUUAUUAAAAAAAACCAUUCUUAAGAUCAAUGAGAAAAAAGAAAAUCCAGACUACAGACUUAUCCCUACACAUGAGAUGGAGGUGAGAAGUAAAAGAACAUUGCAAGAAAUGGCUGUGCCUUUAUCUUUCCCUGAUGAUAAAACAAGGCAAGGUGUUGAACAGGUUUUUUAUGAAAUAAAGGAAGAAUUCAGUCAGAUUUCCAAGUUAACCCGAGAACAAAGCAUCUACUUGAAUAAAUUGUUUGCAAGGAAGGAAAACAGAACUGCAGAAGUUCCUUUGCAGUUCUCAAUGCCUAUACAGUGCACGGACAAAGCAAAUAAAGAUGCACAAGACAAUAUGAGCCCUAAGUUUAAACCAGAUAAAAAUACCAGAACAUUAUUUGCAUCUAUCACACCACGAGGCUUGGGACCAGACGAUGAAGUGAGUUUCUCUGUGGAGUCCCUUUCAAACUUAAGUGUUAAGUUUCCACCAACAGACAAUGACUCUGAAUUCUUACAAAGUGCUCCAGAAAAGCUGCCAGCUUUAAAUAUUGUUUCCUCAGAAAAUCCGUAUCCCAGUAAACAACAAGUAGAAAGCCCCCUUCUGUGUCAGAAAAUCACCGCAGCACGCUGCAGCUCACCCGAUUCACAACACUCUCCACGAACAAUAUGUAAUGUAGAGAAUUUAAAAAACCCUGGUGUAGGAAAUAACAAUUUUUUCCCAGAAGAGGACAGCAGCCUCUUUUUGGCUGCUAAUAGCCCAAUUAGGAAAUAUCUAAACUCUUCUAGUAUUCAAGAUGUUCAAGAAGAAGAAGACUCAGUUGAAACAGGAAGAAUGGUUCGUGGACCACAACAGGCUAUUUGGAAACCUCAGCAUUCAGAGAAUGACCCCUUUGAACAAGGAUCUGAAAAGUGGGAUCUGGACAGUCCUGAGAUUUGUUCAUUCUGCCAAGCAGUUUUUCCAACUUCAGUUAGAUCCUCUGAGAAUUUCCUCAGGCAUCUUAAUACACAUUUCCUUGGACAAUCUUAGAAUAUAUUCCAUGGAACAAAAAAGUGAAGAUAUAUGUAUGUAUGUAUAUGUGUGUGUGUGUGUGUGUAUAUAUAUAUAUAUAUAUAUAUAUAUAUGUGUGUGUGUGUGUAUAUAUAUAUAUAUAUAUAUAUAUAUACUGUACUAGAGUCCAAGCAACCUGCUUAUGUUAUAUAUCUUAUUUUUUUCACUGUUUUGCUGUCCAUUUAUAGCAUACUAUUUCCUGUAUUUAAAAUUAUUAAACGUGAAUUAAAAAGUAAUUAGCAGUUAAAAUCAUAGAUAUUUAUUAUAUUUAAUAAAGGUACAUGUCACCUGUAACUGUUGCCACAGGGUUACUACAUGUUUAUAAAUAUAUAGAUAUAUGUAUUACUGAGAUAAGUGAUAUAGAUAUUGUGUUAUCAGAUUAGUGAUUUACACAUUCAAUGUAGACAGAAACAUGCUUUAAAAUAUAACUGCAAUUGUUAAAGAAAUUUGACUCCACAACUGAGAAUAUAAGUGUUAAUGUUGUAAUUUUCCCUAAAGCACAAACACUUUUCUCAUAUUGGAAAAAAAAACACAUUGCUCUUUUUUUAAUUUAGCAAAAUACAUGAAAAAAAUGUAUUGCAGAACACACAAGUGUAAAUUUCCCACAGCUCAAUAUUAAAAGUAUGUUAGGUUUUAGCACUAAAUCCCACUGUAUGGUUGAAAGACAAAUGCUUGUAGGUGUAUAUCUGUUUUAUGAAUAUGUGAUAAGAAAUUAAUAAAAUGUGUUAAUUAAGAAUGUAAAAUGAAAUUGGGAGAAAAUAUAUCACCAUGGCCAAAUGAAUAUAGAUUUCUAUUAAUUGUGUAUGUAUGUGUGUGUAUGUGUGUGUGUGUAUAUAUAUAUAUAUAUAUGUUGUGAUGUCUUAAAAUUUAGUUUUUCUGUGUUUUUUUUUCUUUUAUGUUUUAAAUUACAUUUGUAUUAAACCCAUAACCUUGUAUAGAAUUGUAAUGUUUACAAAAACAUAUUAACUUGUUAAACUCAAAUAAAAAAUGAAUAAUUUUUCGUA